GAACGCUCUCGUGAGCAAAGCCCUUUCACUCUCCUACUUUCGUGUUCUCCUGCCACUCAUGGCACCCAAGCAGUCGGGUUACGCUGGACAACCAAGCGAGGAGGAACUUAACGACCGAGCCCUUGCCGAAGCGGUGAUGGAUGAGGAGGAACAGAACAACCUUGCCAUCUCCGAAACCAUUGCCAAGGACGUGGAAGAUGAGGAAAGCGAGUCCGAGUCGGAGUGCGACGAGGAUGUGAUGGUUGACCCUGCCCUGUUGUCCAACGAGGUGGACGUGGUGACCUUGACCCAAGCGAUGGAGGGCAUGAGUCUCAACGAACUGAACAAUCUGAUGAAGCAGUGGGAGGCGAAGACCAUUCCGUUGAAGAACGCUCUCGACGAGGUGCAGAAGAGGAUGCUGGCGAUUAAGGAGAAGAAGGGACCUUUGGAGUCCAAAGCCCGUGCGAUUGCCAGGAAUGCGGCGAAUAAGGCAAAAAAGGCUGCUAAGUCCAAGGC